GCACAUGCGCACUGAGAGGAGUCGUUAGCAGCAGAGCCGCAGUUACACGAGGAGCCACUGAAUGAGGAAAAUAAAGUAUAAAUAGUAAAAAUAAUAAAGUAAAUAAAAGUCAGAAUAAAUAGAGGAGAGUCUUCUGGAAGAGGGAUGAACCAGCUGGAGCGUCCAAAAGACGAGGAGGACCAGGAAGAGACUGAGUGUCACCAUGACAACAGUGACGGGACCAACAACAACAACAACAACAACCGACGCAAGACGGUGUGUCCAGGUGUAGGUGAACACCCUCUUCAGUAUAAUUACACCUUUUGGUACAGCAGGAGAACUCCGAGUCGUCCUGCCAGUUCUCAGAGUUACGAACAAAACAUCCGACAGAUCGGCAGCGUGGCAUCGGUGGAGCAGUUCUGGAGGUUUUACAGUCACCUCGUCCGACCUGGAGAUCUGAGCGGACACAGUGACUUCCACCUUUUCAAGGAGGGAAUCAAGCCCAUGUGGGAGGAUGACUCUAACCGCAGUGGGGGGAAGUGGAUUAUUCGUCUCCGUAAAGGUUUGGCGAGUAGAUUUUGGGAAAACAUCGUAUUGGCCAUGUUGGGAGAGCAGUUCAUGGUGGGCGAGGAAAUCUGUGGAGCCGUGGUGUCCAUACGCUUCCAGGAGGACAUCUUGUCCAUCUGGAACAGAACGUCCAACGACCAAACGACAACAUCCAGAAUCAGAGACACUUUAAGACGAGUUCUAAACCUUCCAGCCAACACCAUCAUGGAGUACAAGACGCACAACGACAGUCUGAGAGACAACUCGAGCUUCAGAAACACAAAGAUCUCCCUCUGAAGACGUGUGUGUGUGUGUGUGUGUGUGUGUGAGAGUGUGAGUGUGAGAGAGAGAGAGAGAGAGAGAGAAUAAACUGAGCUGGACUGAAAUUGUUUCACUGUGUUAUUGUUUCAGCAUCAUUGUCGAGCUACAGAUUAUUUUUAUUGUGGAUUAAUCUGCAUAUUAAUGGUUUGCUCAAUAACAUGUCAGAAUAUAUUGAAAAAUGUCCGUUUGACAAAAUAGAUGAUCAAAAUAUUUGGUGAUUAAUCUAAUAAAUAAUUUCUGUUAAUGUAUGCAGCUCUAAAUGAUUGUUUAGAUUUUAAAUGUUUUUGUUUUGUUUUAAUAAAAUAGAGUUCUGUUAAUUUCUCAUUUCUGCUUUUUAUAAAAUAAACAAGUAAUACAAUAUGAAACAAUAUAAAAUACAAUAAU